AUGAACCGUCAAGUUGCAGCAAAAAUGUGCAUAUUGGCCAUUUUCCUUAGCUGUCUGGUCCUAACAGAAUGCAAAAAAAAGAAAGGUAGAAACCAUCCUCGGAAAAUUGUUGCAUUGUGUUGUGGGAGAUAUUCGUGCACAAACUUCGAAGCAACUGAAAUAAUAACAAAAGCUACCUACAAUUCCUCCAAAGUAUGGUCAACGUUAAAAAUGACAACAUUUUCAACAGAAAUGACAGAUACAAGGAUUUUAGAACAAGAGACCGUUGAAGAAACAAGUGACACCACAGUUACUCAAGCUAUGGAGGAGCCUACAAGCAUGAGGGAAACAGAAACUACUAGUACAUUGACUGAGAGCACAAUUACUUCUACAACCACCGCCACGUCCACCACUACAACAAGUUUAAACGCUUGCCCAAAAGAUUGCACAAAAGACGGCUCACUGUUUGAGUCCGACGGAACACUGAAAAAUUCAUCAUCUUAUGGAUUUUGGGAGACUUCAUGCGAUACGCUGAUCCUUUUUGGAAGCAAAAUAGUCAAUUGGGAAGAAAAUGUAAAAAUUUGUUGCCAGCUUGGCAUGACUCCUCUAAAAAUUAGCACAUCGGCCAAGCAAUCAUGCUUAAAUUCUAUUGUCAAUGUUUCAACCUGGCGUUACAAUUACAAUUACUGGACGUACGGACUCAAGUUCAAUGACAGCGAUAAAGAAGCAUUUUGGUGGUGCGAUCCAAUAAGUGCGACAGAAGUUUCAAACGGGACAAUUGAAUGGCAAGCGGGACAACCCGACAAUGUGGGUGGAAGCGAAAAUUGUCUGCACCUUCAGGUUGUGCAUACAGAUUUGAAGAUGGUAGUGACAAAUCGAAACUGCGCAGACAAGUACAUGCUAGCGUGUGAGAGUAUGUCAACUACACCUGCUCCCAAAUGCACAGUUGGCAAAUGUCCAGAUAUUACUUGUGUCCGAAACGAGGAACUUUUCUACAACAAAACUAUAACGAACAACCCAAACUCACCUUUGCUAGAUCCUUCUGCUUAUGGCACGUGGCAAAGCACAAACGGUAGAAUGUAUCUUUUCAGCAAAAAUAAAGCAACUUGGAAUGAGGCGUACAAUAUUUGCUGCUCCUUGAAUUUGAAAUUUUUGAGCGUGGAACAGAAAAAUGAGAUGGAUACUCUUGUAAAAUCCGUGAAUACAAACGGAAACAUAUCUCAAAGUACGUAUUGGACUUCCGGAACUGACGCGGACUGCUCUGGAAAACAUGCAUGGUGUGCCGUGAGUAAAAGUUUUAGAGACGUGAUUUGGGAUUCUGGAGAACCGGGGAAUUCACACGACAAAAGUUGCGUUACCCUCUCGCUUUCAAAAUCGAACGCCAAAUUGGGAACUGAGGAUUGCAAGAAAAAUCUUAAUUUCAUUUGCGAAGUCAGGGACACGUCAAACUCAACAACUAGCGGAAUGGCUAUAACGAACGAGUGCGCUCACAAGUUCCAGAUUCUGGAUACUAAUAUCACCAACAAUAUCACCAUGAAUAUGAGCUUUGCAAGCCUCGACACAAAAACCAAAUGCUACUUGAAGUGUGUGGCCGAAGAGGCUGGAUUUAUUAAUGUAAAUGGAGUAAAAGUGGAUAUUAACACAAUAGCAAAGCUGGAAAUUGCCUCUGCAAAUGACAAGUCGAAGUUGCAAAACAGCUUUGUGGCGGCCGACGACUGCGGCAAGAAGCGUGGGGUGGAUGAAUGUGAUACGGCAAUUUUGAUUUACGAAUGCGGCAAAAGCAAAGUACCCGAAGUGGUUAAUGAUGUUGUAGUGGGAGCUAGAAUGGAAAAUAAGGAAGAGGCGCCCCUGCCCAGAAAUGUUGCAAAAUGCAUCACAGAUUUUUCUUGCCUAACAAAUUCUAGUAUGCGGAACGCGUUUCUAAGCAAUUCAUCUAUUGAUAGUGGAACAAAAUACACAGCUUGUGGGCGCAAAUAUGUAGUUUCUAAUGUCUUGUACAAUUUUACGGACGCCGCUUCUUACUGCUGCCAACUCGGUUUGAGCAUAGCCUCAUUUGAAACUUAUUCGGAAUAUACCUGUGUGCAGAAUAUGAUACCAACAAGCACGACUAGUCUAAUACUUUGGACAUCUGGGAGCCAAUGGACGGUUAACGAUUAUUAUUGGUGUCCGUCUGGAGUUAAAUUCUUUCCUGAGGCUAAAUUUGCUAAUUCUGUUAAUGCAACGCCAAAUGCGUUUCUGGCCACAGUCAAUUACUUAAAAUCACAAUGGUUAAGCGGGUUAAGCACUACCGCUACGUUUAAUUUCAACAAGCAGCCUUCGUCGUUUUUAAGCAGAGUUUUGUGCGAAGAAAAUGAUUUUUUGGCAGAUGUAGCCACUUCUUCUUCUUCCACUAGUACAACCACUGCUCGACCCGCUACGACCACUGCAAAAGCCACUGUGACCACCGCAAUUGGUACUACAACCACUGUGAAAACCACUUUGACCAGUGUUGGUACAACGACCACUGCAAAAGCUACUACGACUACUGCUAAAGCUACCACUGCAGCACCAACACCGGCACCAGCACCGGCCCCAAAACCACCAGGACCAAAAGGCUAA